CUUAAAUUAUGUUAGAUAUCUUGGGUAUUUAAAUAGAGGUGUUUGUGGAACUUAUGGCUGAGUAGAGUAUGGCUGAACUUGUGGAGAAUAUUUUAACUUUGGCAGCUACUCUCGUCACCCUGCUUGCAACUACUAAUGGCGUAGCAGCAACAACCGAAUUCUCAGUGGAACCACCCCAGUGUAUCGAAACUGGCAAACAUCCAGCCCCAGCAUGCUACCAAUACUACGACUGCGUUUAUGUAAUGUGGUGGUGGGAGGCCCAACUUGUCACGUGUCCAGACAAUCAGUGCUUUGACAUCGGCUUGAAAGUUUGUGCACUGGCUACCCUUGUCGACUGUCAGUUUAGAAUUCCCUUACCAGGAGUAACGAAUGCUCCCACAAAUUCACCCUCAGUUGCCACGACCAAAAGUACCACUACGAGUACUAGUACUACCACUACUACUACUACAGUGGCACCCCCAACCAUUGUACCCGGUUUCCCGAACUGUACAGGCCCUGGGAAACACCCAGCUCCAUCGUGCUAUGACUACUACGAAUGUGUACAAGAUGUAUCAUUGUGGAGACCUGUUUUAACUACAUGCGUCGUUGGGUACGCCUUUGAUAUUAUAAUCAUAGCCUGUGUGCCUGUGGGGCAAUGCGAUUGUCAGAAUCGUUUGACCACUAAAAGCUCAACCACUAGUACUACUUCGCUGGCGCCACCUAUAACAUACCCUCCAAGUUGCUCAGGAGCGGGAAAACAUCCAGCAGAGUCGUGCUAUGACUACUACGAAUGCGAACAAGAACUAUGGUGGUGGAAGCCGGUCCUCAAGACCUGUGUUAUAGGCUAUGGUUUCGACAUCUUCAUCAUAGCCUGUGUGCCUAUAAAACAAUGUGAUUGUCAAAAUCGCAUCACAACGACUGCAUCUACGAGUACAUCGUUAGCACCACCCAUAAUAGAACCUCCAUCUUGUUCGGGUCCUGGCCAACACCCAGCACAAUCAUGCUAUGACUAUUACGAAUGCGAACAAGAACUAUGGUGGUGGAAGCCUGUCCUCAAGACCUGUGUCAUAGGAUAUGCCUUCGACAUCUUCAUCAUAGCCUGUGUGCCUAUAAAACAAUGUGAUUGUCAAAAUCGUGUCACAACCACUGUAUCCACGACCACUAGUACUACAUCGUUAGUACCACCCAUAAUUGAACCUCCAUCUUGUUCGGGUCCUGGCCAACACCCAGCACAAUCAUGCUAUGACUAUUACGAAUGCGAACAAGAACUAUGGUGGUGGAAGCCUGUCCUCAAGACCUGUGUCAUAGGUUAUGCCUUCGACAUCUUCAUCAUAGCCUGUGUGCCUAUAAAACAAUGUGAUUGUCAAAAUCGCGUCACAACCACUGUAUCCACGACUACUAGUACUACAUCGCUAGCACCACCCAUAAUAGAACCUCCAUCUUGUUCGGGUCCUAGCAAACACCCAGCACAAUCAUGCUAUGACUAUUACGAAUGCGAACAAGAACUUUGGUGGUGGAAGCCUGUUCUCAAGACCUGUGUCAUAGGUUAUGGCUUCGACAUCUUCAUCAUAGCCUGUGUGCCUAUAAAACAAUGUGAUUGUCAAAAUCGUGUCACAACCACUGUAUCCACGACUACUAGUACUACAUCGCUAGCACCACCCAUAAUAGAACCUCCAUCUUGUUCGGGUCCUAGCAAACACCCAGCACAAUCUUGCUAUGACUAUUACGAAUGCGAACAAGAACUAUGGUGGUGGAAGCCUGUCCUCAAGACCUGUGUCAUAGGUUAUGGCUUCGACAUCUUCAUCAUAGCCUGUGUGCCUAUAAAACAAUGUGAUUGUCAAAAUCGUGUGACAACCACUGUAUCCACGACUACUAGUACUACAUCGCUAGCACCACCCAUAAUAGAACCUCCAUCUUGUUCGGGUCCUAGCAAACACCCAGCACAAUCAUGCUAUGACUAUUACGAAUGCGAACAAGAACUAUGGUGGUGGAAGCCUGUCCUCAAGACCUGUGUCAUAGGUUAUGGCUUUGACAUCUUCAUCAUAGCCUGUGUGCCUAUAAAACAAUGUGAUUGUCAAAAUCGCGUCACAACCACUGUAUCCACGACCACUAGUACUACAUCGCUAGCACCACCCAUAAUAGAACCUCCAUCUUGUUCGGGUCCUAGCAAACACCCAGCACAAUCAUGCUAUGACUAUUACGAAUGCGAACAAGAACUUUGGUGGUGGAAGCCUGUUCUCAAGACCUGUGUCAUAGGAUAUGCCUUCGACAUCUUCAUCAUAGCCUGUGUGCCUAUAAAACAAUGCGAUUGUCAAAAUCGCGUAACAACCACUGUAUCCACGACUACUAGUACUACAUCUUUAGCACCACCCAUAAUAGAACCUCCAUCUUGUUCGGGUCCUAGCAAACACCCAGCACAAUCAUGCUAUGACUAUUACGAAUGUGAACAAGAACUCUGGUGGUGGAAGCCUGUCCUCAAAACCUGUGUCAUUGGCUAUGCCUUCGACAUCAUCAUCAUAGCCUGUGUGCCUAUAAAACAGUGCGACUGUCAAAAUCGCGUCACUACGACCGCGUCUCCAAUCACCAGUGGCACAACACCAGCACUACCUAUAAUAGAACCACCAUCUUGUCCCGGUCCCGGCAAACAUCCAGCACCCAACUGCUACCAGUACUACGAGUGCCAGCAGAAACUCUGGUGGUGGGAACCCAUUCUUCAAACUUGUACCAUAGGAUACGCUUUCGACAUUUUCAUAAUAGCUUGUGCGCCUAUAGCCUCUGUCGACUGUCAUAAUCGAAUAACAACCACAGUAUCACCAACGACUCCCAAACCGACACCGCUGCCGCCACCCAUAAUCGAACCUUCCUGCUACGGCCCCAGCAAGCAUCCGUCGUCCAGCUGCUACCAAUACUACGAGUGUGUCCAAGUAUGGUGGUGGUGGGAGCCCAGACUUCUAUCGUGUGAAAGAGGAUAUGCUUUCGAUAUUGCGUACUCGGAAUGCAGAUUUCUCAGUUAUGUCGACUGUUAUCCUCGACAAACUACCACAGUCACACCACCCACCACAGCAGCCACACCAGCACCACCGCCUAUAGUCGUACCGGAGUGUAGUGGUCCAAGUAGACACCCAGCGCCCAUUUGUUACCAGUACUACGAGUGCAUUCAAAUCGGAUGGUGGUGGGCACCGGAACUGAAAAGCUGUUCGCCAGGAGAAUCGUUCGAUGUAAUACUCGGUGUCUGUUAUCCGAGUUAUGUAGUGGAUUGUCAACAAAGAAGUACCACUACGAAGGCACCAACACCCACUACUGCCGCAACGACACCUCGACCUCCACCACAAGUACCGGAAUGUCAUGGUUUCAGCAAACACCCAGCUGCUUUGUGUUACCAGUAUUACGAAUGUGGUCAAAUGUGGUGGUGGUGGGAACCAACUUUGAAAACCUGUCCAGAAGGGCAAGGUUUUGACGAGAAAAGAGGAAGAUGUAUCUGUGCCGAAGCAAUCGGUUGUAGAUUACCAGUUACUGAACCCAAAUGUUUCGAACCGGGACAGUACCCAGCUCACAAAUGUAACCAGUACUACGAGUGCGUGCCAUAUUUUUGGUGGUGGAGGCCAGAACUAAAGGACUGUCCCAAGGGGCAAGGGUUUGCCACUUCGGUAAUGCGAUGCGUUGAUAAAGGGCAUGACUGCACUUUAUCAGGUAGGAACGAUUCAUCUGAAAACUCGUCGAAGGAAAAUUCUUCCAAAGAAAAUGCAUCUAACGAAAAGUCUUCCAAAGAAGUAGACAUAUGAUGAAAUGGUUGACGACAGUUCUGCAGCAACUGAAUUAUUCUUGAUCUGUAUAUAUAAGUAAAGACAAGAAGUAUUACUGUA